GUGUUUGUGUGUAUGCAUGUGCAUGUUUUAGAUGCAGAAGAAAACACGAACUCUUUUUUUUUUUCCCCUUCCUUUUUUGAAGUGAAUGAAAAUUUCAAGAAUUGAUGAAAAUAAAACUCAUAUAUAGAAGAUAAAUGUGUCUUUAGUAUUAUGAAUAUUUGAAAAAUAUCUUUUUAAGAAAUAAAUUAAGACAAAAAGUGAAAACAAAAAGAAAAUAAUUUUGCGAAAAACCGGUUCCGGCUUUUUGUGCCGAGAAACUAUUGCACUUUAAUUGGAUGGGGGUAAUAAAAGAGUGCGAAUGUAAAAAGUGUAUGUACAUAUGUAAGUGCGUAUUCAUAUACAAACCGUGGGAGUCUGUCAAUAUUUUUGCAAAGAGGACAGCUAUUCAAGAAAAGUUUACACUAACAAAAAAAAAUACACAAAUGUAAAAGACAAAAUAAUAAAAAGGAUUGCGCUGACUAAUAUUGGGUUGGUGUGUUAUUUUCAGGGUCAAAAAUAUGGAUCAUAACACACUUUACGAUUGCAAAUAAAUCCAUAUAUAAAUCCAUACGUUUCCUACGUUGGCUAACAUCAUGUUGGUUGCGACACCAGGACAAACAGCGACCUAUGCAACGGGUCCGACUGCUAAAAAGGUAACAACAUUGUCAUCCUCGGCCAAUGCUAAUAAUUUAGCGGGCACUUCGAAAGCAUUAAAUUCUGCCGGGACUACGUCGAUCAAUUCAAGCAGUGCGAAUGCGAACAACAAUAAAAACCUCAAUAACAGUAAUUCAUCUACUGGUCACAAUAACUCUUUUACCUUUAAUACUCUUAAAAAUGUCUUCAUUACAAAUUCCAAUGUAAGGGAAAACAUUCCGACUACAAUAACCAAAACGCCAAUGGUGGCUGCAGCGAGCAGCAUUGAUAAUUCCUCUUCAGAAGUCAUACCUGUAAACAGUAACAGUAGUAAAACUACUGCUUCAAGUUUAAUGAAAUCUUUAACGGUGCGUUUAAAUCGUGGCACCGAAACACUUAAAGCAACCGUACAUAAAGCCCUUAUAACGGCUACGGCCGUUUCAAGUAUAGUAGAACGUAAAACGAUUACCGAAGCGAUAACAACAAAAUUAGCAACAACAACAACAACAACAAACAUUACAAAUAUCGCCUCAUUGAAAACUUCAAAUGUUAUUAAUACGUCAGCAUCCACCUCAGCAAGCUGUUCGGCAGCCACUUUAUUAGCCACAGCACAUAAAUAUCCAUCAGCCACAUUUCUCAAGUUAUACGCUGUACCACCCACCAUUAUACAUCGUUUGCCUAGCGAACGAGAACAAACGAGCAGUACUGAUAGUCUCAACAAGGAAAUGUGCCAUUUUAAACCAAUACGUACAGUGCCGACUACACCAUGGAAAAGCGGUAGCAAAUCUCGUGGCGUUUCGUUACGUUUUCCCAAAGCAAAUGUAGCAACAAAUCCAGAAUUUAGUAAAAAAUCGAACUGUGAUGUUAUUAAUAGGAAGGAGGAUAAAAAUCGGGAUAUGAAUCAUGACAGAAAUCCUAAUGAGAAUCUCAAACCAAAGCCCAGCUCAUCCACCUUAUUGUUGACCCGUCUAUUAGCUACACCCAAUCAUCAGUCGGCCUUUGUUUGUUUGGUGGCACAAAUGGAACAAUUAACCAAAAAGCGUACUAACUUGGAUAACCAUAGCCCACAGAAUAACGUGAAAAAUGUUAGUGAUUUACGUAAGACACCAACAGAUUUUAAACGUCCAAGAGAUGUGCCAUCAAGGGUGACUAGAAUUCAAAAAAGGCGUUCGAAUUCGAUUUUUACGAAUGCAAAUGUGAUGAACGAAAUGUUAAUAAAUAAAUUUAAGCAUAGGCCAGCAACGGCAGAAGUCGCGAAAGAAUCUAUUAAGAGUCCACAUAAUGCACGCAUACAUAAUACACGUACUUUAAGUCGAAGACGGGGUGGUAGUAGCGGAAUUUCAAAUAUGAUCACUAAUGCUGAUACUUCCGCCGCCAUUGCGGCUGCUACAGCCGCUCUAAAUAAUGCCGGCAUUAAAACGAGAACUACGGUUAAGAUUACACCAAGUGCGUCGAGAGCAGCAGCUAAGGAUGUGAACGCCACUACCACAACAGCUACGCUUAGCAUUAUACAAAAACCUAAACCGAAAAUACUUGAUCUUGUUAAAUUGGCGCAACACUCUCGAUUUCAAUCUAAACCUCCUCCAGUCGCGACCGCUAAGCAUAUAAAGAGUGCAACAGUAAGUCCAUCUGAUUCACAAACAUCGUCUAAGAGACGCCGAACACGUAAACGAAAAUCAUUAAAUGAUGAUCCCGAGCCUGUCACGGCGGUUAAAAUAAAAGUAAUGCCUACAAGGAGCAAUGCAGGAGUGAAAACUAAUGCACGUAGAAAUACAAGCGUCGCUAAAGUUUCAAAAGAUCGUAGUGCGAAAAAUGUCAAAGCGAAUAGUGAUGUAAUGUUUAAAAAGUUAAAAGAGAAAGAAGCAGAAAGGAGAGCAGUUAUCGGGAAAACGAAUCCUAUACAAAAAAAAUCAGUUACUAGCCAGCGCCCAUCGCCACCACUCACAAGGUCACGUCUGAAGGAAAUGCAACUAACCGAAGCAAAAAGAACGUAAAUCGCAUUUCCCGUCAAUCCCUCCGGCAGCUUCCUAUGUCCUGUGUUUUUAUAUAUAUAUAUAUAUAUAUAUAUAUAUAUAUGUAUAUAUGUAUGCAUAUGUAUAUAUAUGUACUUUGCCUUUCUCCUCAUGCGUUUUAAGUAAACACAGACAAAAUGAUUUAAAUUCUAAGAACG